GCGAGCCUCCCGUACUGUAAGCCAAUCACAGAGCAGAAUAAGCUUUGCCGUAUAUACGCGCGACUAUUUCCACGUUUUGAUCGCAAACAGCGGAGGGCUUCGGAGUCGUUUUCUGAACCUGCUUCUCCAGGUCGCAUUAAAGAGGUGUUAUGAUGCCGGUGGUUCAGUUGCUGAGAGCUGCAUUGAAGCAUGCUGGGAACAGGCCCCCACGCUGUGUUGUGCAGACGACUUCUGCAGCACAUAGCAUCAGAACACAUGCUUCAUCCUGCACUGAUGGUGACAAACCCAAAGUCCUCAUUACUGGAGGACUUGGACAGCUGGGGGUGGGGCUUGCUAAGUCAUUAAGGAGGAGAUUUGGAAAAUUCAAUGUGAUCCUGUCUGACAUCCGGAAACCCCCCAACCAUGUCUACAAAAACGGUCCAUUCAUCUUCUCUGACAUUCUGGACUAUAAGAACCUCAGGCAGAUUGUGGUCAACAAUAACAUCAGCUGGCUGGUUCACUACUCAGCUGUGCUGUCCGCUGUGGGGGAGCACAACGUGGCCCUGGCUAAAGAGGUCAACAUCACAGGUUUCCAUAACAUAUUAGAUAUAGCCACCGAACAUGGUCUGCGUGUGUUUGUCCCCAGCACAAUCAGUGCCUUGGGUCCAUCCUCCCCUAAAGACCCCACUCCUGAUCUGUGUGUGCAGAGGCCACGCACUAUUUACGGUGUAUCCAAGGUCCAUGCGGAGCUGAUGGUCUUUUCCUCCCAUUAUCAGUACUACCACCAAAGGUAUGGGCUGGAUUUCCGCUGUCUCAGGUAUCCAGGCAUCAUCUCGGCUGACUCCCAGCCUGGAGGAGGAACCACAGACUACGCUGUCCAGAUCUUUCAUGCUGCUGUGAAGAGCGGUCAGUUUGAGUGCAACCUGCGCAGCGACACACGGCUGCCUAUGAUGUACAUCGAUGACUGUAUCAGGGCCACUAUGGAAUUCCUGGAGGCUCCAGAAGACGCGCUCGUCAGCCGCACCUACAACAUCAACGCCAUGAGCUUCACGCCACAGGACCUCACCCGAGAGAUCCAGAAAGUCCUGUCUGACUUCAAGGUUACCUAUAAUGUGGAUCCUGUCAGGCAGGCGAUCGCCGACGGCUGGCCAAAAGCACUGGAGGACAGCGCAGCGAGACAGGACUGGGGCUGGAGGCACGAGUACAAUCUGCCGGAGCUGGUGCAGACCAUGCUGACUCACAUUACUCUGGGAAACAAGCUAGCGAGCGCCUUCUGAAACAUUUGCAGCAUUUUUGUAGCUUUAUUUAAAAACUGAAUGUGACAGUCUUCAGUAGCAAAAUCUUAAAACAUUUUCUUUUCUUUUUUAAUCAUCUAGAGCCUGCUGUUCGUAUGUGGGUUGAUGUUUUAGUUGGGAGAAAUCCCUGGCACUUUAGAAUCCUCCCACAUCUUUUAGCCCUUGAUAAGUUACCAAUAGCCACAAAUUCAACCCUCGACAGGAUGGGUGCCCUGAUCAUUGCUUCAGUUAGAAGGGAGCGCAUUGUUAGCACCAGUAAUAAGUAAUAUUAUGUGGGAUUUCCUGCAAUUGGCUGUAAAGAAUUAUGAAUGAAAUCAACAAGUGAUCUGAUAUUUCCUCACAGGAGGAUUCACAGGUACACGUUUUACUAGCGUUUCAUCCAUUUUGAAUGUCAUGUUAUCUCAAAAGAGAAGUUCAACAUGUCAUGGGUACUUGUGACUCUUCCCUGCAGAAACUCUUGUGAGGAUGAUUUCUUUUUUCAAAUUCCCCUCCCAGAUGACCUUGGAUCUUUCUAGCAGUGUACAGAGAACAGGCCACAGACCCAACAAAGACUUUGAAGAUGAUAGGCAGAAAGUCUAAAAAGGAGACUGAAAUUGAGAUUUACACAAUAUGUUUGUUAAGAAGCAAAACAAAAGGCUUUCCUUCUGAACCAUCAACCUGAUGUCUUUCUUUUCCUCUCUGUGAAUCCGUCCAGAAUUUGUGAUUAGUUUGCUGCUAGAGAGCGCUGGAUGUUUUCACCAAAGCAAGAUGCUGAACUUUUAAGAGUUCUGGUCUCUUUCUGAGUGUACACAGUAUGUAUGUGCUGUCUCUAAGUGUGCUACCAGUCUGUUGCGGUGUGUCUUAAGGGGCACGUCUGCCACACUUGAAAACAACCUGGCUUUUAGUAAGAGCUUCACUCCCACUGUUUGCUGGUGUGAACUGUGUCCUGAAACAGUGGUGCAGAUAACUGUGGAAAUAGUGACCCCACACAGUACUGCUGCAGGGACUGCACAAGAUGGGUAAACAGAAAAGGAAACCUAGCAGUGCUUGAGGCCUUAAAUUAUGUGCAGCAAAGGAAAUUAGCUUAUAGAUGCUGCUUGAUCUUUGCACUGGUGUUUUUUGGGCAUUUUAUUUAUUUAUUUAUAUGUUUUGGGGUUGACUGAAUGGAUUAACAUGUCAGCAUUAGAUAAGCAGGGCUCUUCUGUGUGGAGGUAUAAAAAGAAAGGACUGGAUGUUCUGUUAAUGUUUGUUUUUUAUAAAGCUAUUAUUUCAGAAUUAUUGCUGUUUUUUAAUAAAUCCUUUAA